AUGGAUGAGACACUAAUCCAUGCCCACAAGGCCAUAGCAUCUCUUAAGCUCUUCAGUGGGAAAACUCUUCCACUCAAGCGUUACCUUGUGGCAAAGAGGCCAGGUGUGAAUACAUUUCUAGAUGAGAUGAGUAAGAUAUACGAGAUCGUGGUUUUUACUCGAGUAGUAAAGCCAUAUGCAGACAGGAUUUUGGAUAGGCUCGACCCAGUUGGGAAUCUCUUCACCCAUCGCCUCUAUAGGGAUUCGUGCUUGACCAAGGAAGUCAGAGGGAGAAAGGUUGUGAAAGAUCUUUCGAGAUUAGGGCGGGACCUCAGACACACAGUGAUCGUGGACGACAAACCAGAGUCUUUUUGCUUGCAACCCAACAAUGGAAUUGUCAUCCGAGCAUUCAAAAACAGAAAAGGGCAUAAGUAUGAUGAAUUGAAGACAAUAAGCAAUCUACUCAAGGAAAUUGCAAGAGUUGAAGACAUAAGGCAAGCAUUGGAGAAGCUGCUGGAUGUGGUGGAGGCGGAGCAGAACCUCAGGCAAAUCCACGCGCAGAUUUCGGCUAGCAAACACCACAGCAAGAACAUUGCCCUCUCCAACCUCCUCGUCAAGAUGUAUGGUAGAUGUGGCAGCCUCGACGAUGCAUGGCGGGUUUUCGACGGCCUGGAUCAGCCCAACGUUUACUCCUGGAAUAUCAUGAUUCGAGCAUAUACCGAAAAUGGGGAUAUGCUGCGAGCUCGCGCCCUCUUCGACAAGAUGGCUCAAAAGAAUGUGGUCUCCUGGACAACGAUCAUAGAAUCUUACGGACGAAGCGGGAAUAUACUUGAAGCCAAGAAUCUUUUUGAGUUGAUGCCUGACCGCGAUGUAGUUUCUUGCAAUGUGAUGAUCGAGGCAUUUGCCCAGAACGGGCAUCUCCAGGCAGCAAGGAGGCUGUUUAACGAGAUGGACGACAGGGAUGUUGCCACGUGGACGACCAUGAUCACGGCCUACUCCCAACGCGGGGAUCUGGUCGUCGCCCGCGAGUUCUUUGACGGGAUGCCGUACAGGAGCAUUGUUUCGUGGAGCGCCAUGGUCACCGGGUACGGACAGAAUGGCCAGCUCCAGCAGUCGCGCUGGGUGUUUGAAUCCAUGCCCGAGAGGAACCUUUUGACGUGGACAGUCAUGGUUGCGAACGGGAAUAUACUACAAGCAGAGGCUUUGUUUAACUUAAUGCCUUUCCAGAACUUAAUAGCAAAAAACACGAUUAUGGAUGCGUAUGCAUCUCAUGGUCAGAUUGAUAAAGCUAGAUUCUUAUUUGAUCAGAGUCUAGAACGGAAUCUAGUGUCGUGGACAACAAUGAUCACUGCAUAUGCCAGAAACGGGCAUCUGGAAAUGGCAAAGGAUCUGUUUGAUCAGAUGCCAGAGCGCGACACUGUUUCUUGGAACACUUUGAUCAACGCUUACGCGCAGCAGGGCUUCGUUGAUGAGGCAUUAGAUAUUCUCAGCCAGAUGCCAUGGAAAGAUGUAGUGUCGUGGAACAUUAUCAUCGCUGCAAAUGCCCAGAACGGAGAAAACGAACAAGCAAUCGCCCUCUUUCGGCAAAUGGACCUUGAGGGCAUUCCUGCCAACGAGAUCACAUUUAUCACGGUCCUGGACGCCUGCACAACGAUAUCUGAUCUAAAGAUCGGGCGGGCAGUCCAUGCCGAGGCAGUGACGAGUGGAUUGGGAGGUGUGGAGGCAGUGACCACGGCUGCAAUUACAAUGUGUGGGAAAUCCGGGAGCUUGCCAGAGGCUACGAGGCUAUUUCAAUCUAUGCCGGUCAAGAGCACAGUAGCAUGGGGCGCGAUGAUCACAAUCUACGCACAGGGUGGACAAAGUGAAAUCGCCCUUGAUCUCUUUCGGGACAUGGAGCUUGACGGGAUCCAAGCGGAUGGCAUCACUUUCAUAGCUGUGCUGUCAGCUUGCUGCCAUUGUGGGAGAUUUCGGGAGGGAUGGGAGUUUUUUGUGAGCUUGAGGCUGGACUAUUGGGUGGAACCCAUGGCUGAGCACUAUGAGUGUCUUGUGGAUCAGUUGGGAAGAGCGGGCAAAUUGAGAGAGGCGGAAGAACUGAUUGAGAGCAUGCCAUUCUAUCCCACUCCAGUUGCUUAUACUCAGCUCCUGAGUGCUGUAAAGACGCAGGAGGGUGAUCAAGGUGAUCGUGGCAAUAUAAUCAGGUCUAGUGCUGAAAAUUUGGCUACUAAAGUACAAGAACUAGAUGAUCAAAACUCGUCUAGUUAUGUGCUUCUAUCCACCUUAUAA